UUAGUGUCGUCUGCUCCCGUUUAGUUACCAGUUUGGGAAACGAGAAGUUUUCAAGAUUUCAAUGAUAACGUAAAGAUCGUUUAUUAGGAAACGUAAAGUAGCUGCACGAAAAAGUAGCACAACAAAUAAAUUGCAAAAAUGUGGUCGUCGUUUGAACUCUGGUGUCGCGUCUCUUUAAAGAAUCGCUUAAUACAGGCGUCAUGCUGUUUAGCAGAUUUGAGGCCAGAUCUAGCCACAAUAACCACAAGUUAUGCAAGUUUUGCUUGUGCUGCACCUGACAUUAAUGUAUCAUCACUUAUUGGAUAGGCAGCAUCCCGUUUGUUUGGAGAAACUAAUGUCGGUGCAAAUUACGUCUUUAUUCUUCCCCUUUAAAUGUCCUCGUGAACAUCCAUGCGAGUGUGGGGGUAUUCACGAGGACUCCCCCUUUUUCCUAUCCUGCCUGGUGAAUUCAAUUUUUCUAAGGACGGAGCACUUUUGGAAGCCUGGCCGUAUAUCCCAGGCUUAAAAGGUCAACAUCUGCAAUAAUCCAAUAAUGCGGGACCGUUUAUUUAGAGGUAUUUUUAGACUAGCAGUCUGAUACAAAUAUGCCUCAUCUUUUCUCUUGCCUCGUCUUUUACGCUCAUACAAUGUGGUGGGAGAAACGUGUUUUAACGGCCGAAUGAUACAACACUAUAUCACGUCGCCUUUCUCUCAUCGGCGAACAAUAGUUCCACGGUAACAAUUCUAUUUAUAUGUCUGCUGUUGCACUGCUGCUGCUGCUCAGCAACAACCACAGUGUACAUUUUCUUCGAACUCAUAUCUUCAUGUUGUUUCAUGCGGCAUGAUUAGCAUAGGCUCCAGUUCUCACGGAAAGCUGCGACUCCUCCUCGUUCACUCUUUCCACAUUAAAAGAUAGUUCCGAUUGAGUCACGGCACGUUUAACAGAAGCAACCGCUGGGUAGGCCUAAUGGUGGAGCGUUUUGCUGACCUAGAAACCCACAACAUCUUCACGUGCAUUCGACAGAACUGGUCAAUCGCCAAUGUUGGACUCGACUUGGGACUGUAAUAUUGUCCUCUCGAGGCAAGAAGAGGAGAACAGACUUUCACCCGUAAAUAGACUAUAUAUAGGUGAUGGUCCGUGCCGCUGAUCAUUUCAGUCUCUCGCUGUCUCAUCUCAGCGCUAAUCGUUCGUUCGUCCGGUACGGCUCUUUUUUAUUUUUCCCUCUGUUUUCCUUUUUUUUGGAUUGAACCUCUCUUCUCCGCUCGAUUGUAAAACGGAAUCAAGUGCCUUACAACAUUAUUCGAGAUAUUAAGUUUUCUAUUUUCCUAUCGCCUGCAAAAAUUCAAAAAAAUACUGGCGCGAAAAGUGACAUCAAGAAAAAAGUUAAAAAGAAAAAAUUCUAUCAAACACAACAGACAUAUUCGUGCCUGAUUUAGGAUUUUCUGUUGGAAAUUUGGAAUUCAAAUUACAACCGCAGCAAACAGUGGGUUCUACUUGGAAAUAAUGCCACCGUGCUUUGUGUAAAAAGGACAUAAGGAGAGACGUCACAAAAAAAUCUGCUAACAUUGCCGAAGAAUUAGACGAAAUAAGAUGCGGUGGUCAGUCGUGAAAGUUUUGCUGGCUCUGUUUAUUUUGGUGUCAGGUUUUGGUAUGCAGAUGGUCUCCUCAGCAUCACUACCCCAACAAAACGAUGCCCCCACUGAAUUCGACAACGAAAACUCGCAAUUAGUUGAAGAGAGUGACAUGGACUAUAAUGGAGUAGAAUCAAAACUUCCGCUGUCCGUUGGUGUUUCCGAUAGCGGCGCGACGCGCAAGUACACUCAUGGUCACGGACUCGUAGUCUAUCCCUCGUUGGAAUCUUCAUUUGGAUCCAAUAACCAUUAUGUCGGCCAUCACAAUGGUUUGCCGAAUUUAAUCAAAGGAAGUUCUGACUGUCCGAUACUGUCUGAUGGACAGCAGCAUGCGACAAUUACUCCAAGUAUCACAUCAUCGCCCGCUUUGAUUGGAGAAACCAGCGUCCCAGUUGUCCUGUUCCCGACGGCUGACCAAGGAGAACUGGAUUCAACGUUCAGUGACGUGUUGUCCCAAUUGCAGACCAACAUCGGCUUAGUGUCAACUGGCGGAUUGAUCGACGAUUUGAAUUUCGUCGACAAGGACACGGACGUUGUCAUCGUCAAACCUCCACCCCAAGUUGAAGCUGUUGAAGCGGAACCUGAAGUCCUUGUUGAUUCGCCUGUCGUCUCAAACUUGGCCAACAUUCUUUUCACUUCUCCUUCCUCAUCAUCCAGUUCCACAUCAUCCAGUUCUUCGUCGUCUAGCGACUCUAUCAGUAGCGGUGGCAUAACUGGUGGCGAUAUAUCCUCAACGUCGAUUGCGAACCCGUUCGCUUUAUUUCUCAGUUUCGCAUUGGUCGUCGUCGGCAUUUUCGUCCUAAGUCUUCCCAUUUGGAUCCCAUUUGUCAUCGCCAAGAGACGCCGGUCACACGGACCAUUCAGGAAGAAGACAUUGGCUUUGGCGGGGAUCAAAACACAUGGAAAUUCAGUACCCCAUUAUCUCCCGAAUCAAGUAAAAUUACCAUACCGCAAAUACAAAGCCGGUCCAGCGUUGCCUCAGCCAGAAUACCAUAGUACAACUAUUGAGGACUAUUAUCGCCUUAGCGGCAAUCCCAAUUAUUCGUACAACAUGGACCUGAAUGUCAAACCCUAUUCCGCUCUAUUUGGCAAUUUAUUUCCUUCGUAUUCAAAUCAAUUCAGUGAUCCCGGACCAAUGAAAUCAAAGGACCUCUACGGACCUCUAAGCAAUUUCUUUUUGAAAGCCCGACGUCGAAAUUCCUACGUCAAGAUCGAGAAGAAACGUUAACUUGUUAUGUAUAUAGCCACGCUUCUCUAAAGUGACCUUAUUCUGGCAUCGUUUAUUGUACGUGUAGAUGCUAUUUUCCGUUAACAUCCAUAUUUUUGUACUUGAAACUGAAUGUAUUUAAUAUAUCAUUAAUGGUGUGUUCCCACAAAUCAG